GAAAAUCGAUAUAUUUCGCUGUUAUCGAUGAUCGACGCUGUUUAUCCACCACGACUGUGUACGAUUUGCGAUAUCGUCUCAGCGACGGUGGCCGAAUCGGAUAACCACUUUCGCACUCACCAUCCUUCUCAACCACGCUAUGCAUGUGUGCAUCCUCACUGUGGCAUGCAGUUUGUCUCUCGAGGAGCGCUGCGAUUUCAUUUGACACGGUCGCAUAUUAUUCGACACGCUACAAAACCCAUUCCAGAUCCCCCAUUUUUGCACUACACCAUCACCCCGCGUCCUGUGGAAACCUCGCCGCAUCUUCGAUUUCCUGUUGCCGAACCGUCGCCUUCUAUACCGUCUUCGCCUUCAUUGACCGAUCACGAGCAGUCCAUGUCUCCGACCACUCGUUCGUUGUCUCCGCCACGACGGUCAUCCUUCAAAAUUCAUACCAUGGCGGUGCCUCGAGCUCCACGUGGGUCCAAGAAAAUUAUACUCUCUCAUGCUUCCGAAUCAUUACUCAACUCUGUCUAUAAUCCUCUCCAAUGUCCGGCCUGCCACCAAUUAUUCAAUCGAAAAACUAAUGUUAUUAAGCACUUGGCCGACAAACACCACGGCGAAGAACCGUACCACUGUGUGUUUGCCAACUGUGUGCAUCCCCGGCGGUAUGCCACACGAGAAGGGCUUGUUUAUCACAUCCUAAGAGCACACGAU